AGCGGGCACCAGGGCAGAUGCACAUGCAAGAGGUUUGUCUCCCCCCUGCUGUCUCUUUUGUAGUGUGCACAGAUAAAAAUCUGAUCAACGUGAGCAAGGACCGCCAGCACCUCGCAGUUAGCUUCUCCUUGGAGCCAGCGAAUCCAGUUGUGCUGCAGGAUUACGGUCGAGUAACUGGGGGCUUUGAGGGGAGGAAAAAAAGAGGAGGUGCUCUGGUGAGCUGGUGGGCUUCCUCUGCCUUACAGACACAUUUUAUUGACUUGCUAAUUGGAUGAGGCACUCGGAGGAGAGGAUGCAGUGACCGAGAGGAGCUGUUCUCUGGAGGACCGAUCCAGACACAAGGAAGCAUUUCAGAAUUUCUUCCAUUUUUGGGGUACAUAACAACAAAAAGGGUUUUCCCCCAGCAGCCGUCAUGCUGUGAGUACCUGCUUUUAUGCAUGACAUUGUCAAAUGGAGGCUCCAGCUGCAAGACGCAUCGUGACAAGUGAAUGAGUUCCAUUUUUUUCCCAGCAGGCUCCCUUUCACCUAUUUCUAUUUCCCUCUUGGAUCGAUCAGCUUUUCCUCGUCAACGCCAUCUGAUGUCCUGUUUGAUACUAAUUGAUCGCCAAAGGAAUCCUUCAUUUUUUGCAUAAGGACCAGUGUAACUGAUGUGCGACAGAAUGACGUUCACUCCUGCUCCCAUGACUGAGGUUUGCAUGCGGGGCCUGGUCGGAGAAAAGGUGCCACUGUGCUGAGGUGUUCUGUCCCAAUGAGCCAAGCAGACAACCCACAGAGACGAACCACCUACCUCAUCUCCCUCACUCUGGUGAAGGUUGAGGCUUUGGCAGAGGAUGUAGCCGGGAACCAAGCGGAGCAGGAGGGGGAAGGGAGCCCAAAGGAGAGGGAGGAGGUGAGACAUGCCUCCAAAGAGGGGGAAGGAUGUGUUGGCCCACAAGUGUCGGACAAAGCAAACACACAAGUGGAAGAACAAGGGGAGCAGGUGCGUGUCAAGUAUGACAGCCCGAUUGAGAAAUGGGGGAAAGCUGAGAGGAGAGACCAAAAAGACCUUGUCCCAGUCGCUAAAAGCAAGGAGACUUCUGUUGUCCACCCCCCGUUGAGGCAAAUGGUGAAGGUGUACAGCGGAAGCAGCUUUGAGGCCACCGUACGCAGAGAGGGGCCUCGCAACGACGCCUCGCGGCCCAAGACGGAGCUCUACCGAGAGCCUCCUAGGCUCUUCCUAAAGGGGGAAAACGGAGCUGAGCUCAACAACCGCUCGCGUUGCAGCCUCCCGUUUUCGGUGCCGCCUCAGGUCAGCCAGCGCCCCGAAGUCCUGAUGAGGUCGCAUACAGGAGCUAACUCCGCAUGCUGGAGGGAAGCCAGAGAAGCCAACACCAGCUUGUAUCACUCUGCUAAGACUCUGGAGCGGAGGGAAAACCGUAUCGGGGACCAGUCCCCCUUAAUGGCAACUUCAACUCUGGGGCCUUAUAGGGCGUCUUGGGCCGACAGCGACGGCAGAGGAACGCUCAUUCGUCCUGCAGCUCCGCUCAGUGGAGGCUAUUCUGGAAUAAUGAACAGGGAGACCUCUCAAGAGGACAGAUUUAAGGUUUCCUUGGGUACACCUGUUACCUGCGACGUGAACAGACCUCAAAGAAAAGCCACCAGUCGCACCCUAGAUAACAGUGACCUGCAUUGCCUAUCUGAGGACAGCAGGAGAGGGAAAGAGGGCCAAGGAGGAACAAUCCAGAGAGCCCCCGCCCGUGACCGCAAGAUGCUCAAGUUCAUUAGUGGGAUUUUCUCCAAAAGUGCAGCUGUGCCCCCAAAUGUCAGCACUGCAUCCGUCCUCUAUCCCGCUGUGGAGAGGGGCUCCAGCGAGGAGGAGGCGACAUGCACCAGCAGUCAGGAAUGGACCAUCACUCAAACUGUACAAGAACUUCACCUGGCUGUGCUGGGAGGGCUAUGCAGUGGGAAGUCUGCACUGGUCCAUAGACACUUGACAGGAAGUUACCUGUCGCUGGAGAAUGCAGAGGGGCGUCAGUACAUUAAGGAUGUCUUGAUUGAUGGACAGAGCCACUUGUUGAUCAUCAGAGAAGAAACUGAACUCCCAGGAGCCCAGUUUGCAAGCUGGCUAGACGCAGUUAUACUGGUCUUCAGUUUGGAAAACGAGGCCAGUUUCCAGGAAGUGUACAAGAUCUACCACCAGCUUGCUGUGCACCGGCCUGUCACUGAGAUACCUUUCGUAGUCGUGGGCACACAGGAUAAGAUCAGCAACAGCAACCCCAGGGUCAUCGAUGACGCUCGGGCCAGGCAGCUCUGCUCGGAUGUGCGCCGUUGCACCUACUACGAAACAUGCGCCACGUAUGGACUCAACGUUAACAGGGUUUUUACUGAUGCGGCUCAGAAGAUCAUGGCGGCCAAGAAGCAAGCCGCUUUACUGGCUUCCUGUAAAUCUCUUCCCAACUCUCCUAGUCACUCUGGAGGCUCCACCCCAGUCUCUGGUGUCUUUACAGGACAGGCCAGUAAUGGGGGUCAGAGUAGCGAUUACUCCUCUUCACUUCCCUCCACCCCCGUGAUUAGCCAUAAAGAGAUUGGCAGGUCGGCAAGAGGGGAGAAACAGGACAGUGGCACUCCUGGCUCAGUCCGCAGUGCCACCCGCAGACGCACCGCACGCUUUUCGGGUCGAAGAGGCAGCGACUCAGCCAGGCGAAGUGCAGACAGCAAAGGAGAUGUGGGAAGUGGGCGCUUCAUUCCCAUCAAACAGGGUUUUUUGCUCAAGCGCAGCGGGAACACACUCAACAAAGAGUGGAAGAAGAAAUACGUCACACUCUCCAGUGAUGGCAUACUGUCAUACCACUCCAAUGUUAAUGAUUACAUGCUGAAUACCCCCGGGAAAGAAAUGGACCUGUUGCGAGUGACGGUGAAGGUGCCAGGCAAACGUCCCCCACGUGCUGUACCUACUGGCGGCCCUCCAGUCGGGCUCAACGGGAGGGUCAAAGAUGGGCAGGGACCAGAGGGUGUCAGCCUGGUUCCUGUCAGUGCCAGCAGCCUCCUGCAAGUGGACGACAUGGAGGGUCUGGGAGGCGGUCUCUUCCUGAGGAGUAACAGAGGCGUGCAGCGAUGUUCCUCCAACGUCUCCAACCACGCUCAAAGUGUCGACUGUGCAGUUGAGGGCGUGUCCAGCUCCUCGUCCACCAAAGACGUUGGCUCCACGUCCCCGGUGGAGGACAGGAAGAAGCAUCGCAGAAAGAAGAGCAUGAACCAGAAAGGGGACGCCACCAUUGGCCAAGCAGACGCCAAGCGCAAAAUGUGGAAACUUAAAAGCUUUGGGAGCUUAAGAAACGUGAGCAAAACAGAUGAAGAAAACACUGACUUCCUCAUUGUGUCGAGUUCUGGCCAGACGUGGCAUUUUGAAGCCCAGAGUGUGGAGGAGAGAGACUCCUGGGUGCAGGUCAUCGAGAGCCAGAUCCUGGCCAGUCUGCAGCUGUGUGAGAGUAGUAAGAACAAGGCUCGCAAGAACAGCCAGAGCGACGCCAUGGUUCUGCAGGCUAUUCGCAAUGCAAAAGGGAACAACUUCUGCGUCGACUGCGAUGCUCCCAAUCCUACGUGGGCCAGUUUGAACCUUGGCGCCCUCAUAUGCAUCGAGUGUUCAGGGAUCCACAGGAACUUGGGGACUCACGUUUCGCGCGUUCGCUCUCUGGAUCUGGACGAUCUGCCACGAGAGCUCACAUUGGUUCUCAGUGCCAUUGGCAACCAUAUGGUUAACUGUAUAUGGGAGGCUCGCACCAUGGGCCACCGUAAACCCCCGCCUGAUGCUACCCGAGAGGAACGAGAGUCAUGGAUUCGGGCCAAAUAUGAGCAGAAACUCUUUGUGGCGCCAUUGCCUCCUCCCACUCCCAAUGAGAGUCCAGACAUCACACUGUCCGGUCGUCUUCUUCUGGCGGCGAUGGAGCACAACCUCCCCAAACUGCUGCUCUUCUUGGCCCACUGCACUAAGGAGGACAUCAACGGCCCCGCCAGCAUGUCGCUCUCCUCCCGGUCCCUCCUGGCACUGCGGCUGCCCGGUUCAGCCCUUCAUGCUGCCUGUCAGCAGGCCGACGUGGUGAUGACACAGCUUCUUGUUUGGUAUGGAUGUGACGUUCGGUACAGGGAUGCUCAGGGGCAAACAGCACUGACCCUGGCUCGCAUGGCGGGCAGCCAGGAGUGCGCCGACAUCCUGCUGCAGUACGGAUGUCCCAAUGAAGGCGCCUCUUCCUUUGCCACAACUGCCGGAUUCACAUCCGCAGCCAACCCAGCCAUCCCCGUUGCCAUGACUCCGAACAUGCCGGUCGCCACAACCCUCAAGAUCUCGCACAGGGGUGGCGGCGCGAGCUUCAGCUACAGUACGUCAAGAAAAGCUGUGUCAUAAGACUGGAGGGAAUUUUUUUUUAAAGGAUUGUUGUCAGAUUGAGGCCUGCACAUUCAGAAUGAAGGAGCAUGUGGCCAGAUGUUGCACUCGUCCUGUGCCACAAGCGCUACUGCGCUGGUGAGAAAGAGAGAGAGAGAGAGAGAGAGAGAGAGAGCGAGAGAGAGAGAGAGUUCAACUGGCAAACUGGCACAUGCAACAAAAGUCAAGAAAGUUUGUUGGGGGGGGGGGGG